UUCUCCUUGUAAGACCAAUUAUAAUGGUGAAAUGCCUUUCGGAUCCACCUAAAUUAAAGAAGAGCUGAUGCGGCGGUUAAAGACGAGAAUAAUAAUGGAGAAGAAAGAAAAGAAAGUUUAACAGAUGCAGGGUUGUGACCAUUACUUACUAAGCCGCAGAGGUAACGAACAACGAACAAUUGCCUCAUCACUUGCAAAGUACCGCGGCAACCUCUAGUAAAUUGGGAAACAACUUGACAGAAAGAACAUGGAGCACUCUGCUGCUGCAUCUAAAUGGGCUCGGGAGCCAUCAAGCGAUGAGGAAGAGUCUUCAAGACGAAAGCGGAGAGAGAAACGCUUUAAAAAGUCAAGAGACUCGCCUGCAUCUCGCGAGGGUAGUCGAACACCCACCUCAACCUCUUCUGGUCGUCUCUUAUCGCGGGAUACAGAUCUCCAAUAUCAACAGCACAGUCGAGAUUCUGCACUUAAGCACGAGAUCACAGCUCAAAAAUAUGAAUCUAGCAGCGAAUCUAUUGAUUAUCAGCAAGACUGGAGUCGAGACCACUCAUCCUUAUCCACACUUAAGAACCCUGACCACCAUCAACACCACCAGCAAGUACCAGAAUAUCGCAUUAAAGUGCCGGAUAUACCACAACAUCCCGUCCUCACAGGGUGUCGUAGCGUUGAGAAUUAUGAAAAAUUGAACAGAAUUUCUGAAGGAACGUAUGGAGUCGUCUAUCGCGCCAAAGAUCGCGUGACAGGUGAAAUCGUAGCUCUUAAAAAGCUAAAGCUAGAUCAGGAGAAAAAUGGCUUUCCAAUUACAAGCUUACGUGAAGUCUACACGCUCCUCUUAGCAAAGCAUCCGCACAUUGUCAAUGUGCGUGAGAUCGUUGUAGGUGACAAGUUGACUCAGAUCUUUAUUGUCAUGGACUUCAUUGAGCAUGAUCUUAAGGAAUUGAUGAGCGGAAUGAGAGCGCCUUUUUUGCAAUCUGAAGUUAAAACGCUUAUGCUACAGUUAUUAUCUGCGACAGAACUACUGCAUGAGAACUGGAUAUUGCAUCGUGACCUAAAGACUUCGAAUCUUUUGCUCAACAACCAAGGCGAGAUAAAAGUUGCCGACUUUGGGUUGGCAAGACGAUAUGGAGAACCACAAGAUCAGAUGACACAACCUGUUGUCACGCUCUGGUACAGAGCACCAGAGUUACUACUCGGAUCAAAACACUAUACUACCGCCAUUGAUAUAUGGUCUAUAGGAUGCAUUUUUGCGGAAUUUGUUAAUAAUGAACCACUCUUACCUGGACGAAGUGAAGCGGAGCAGUUGGAAAAGAUCUUUAAGCUUCUUGGAAUGCCUAAUGAUAAAAUCUGGCCUGGAUACUCAAAACUACCUUUUGCCAGUCAUGUCCCCAAUUUUGUUCAACCUUAUAAUUUACUCCGGAAACGGCUGCCCUACUUGACUGAGAAUGGGCUCGAUCUUAUGUCAAGAAUGUUGACCUAUGACCCCGCAAAGCGAAUCACCGCUGAGGAGGCUCUCCAGCACCCCUAUUUUUCUGAGGCUCCGCCACCAAAACAUCCAUCAAUGUUUCCAACCUGGCCAUCCAAAGGUGAAAGGGCAGCAAGACGUAAUGCUUCACCAACUGCCCCACAGGCAGGGCAUGGUUACGGGCAAGAUGACGAUGAAACCGGUGGACUGUUUAAUUUUGCAAACCAAGAGUCCACUGGUUUCCGACUCAAGGUCUAAUUCAACUCAUCAAAUAAUAUCUUUAAUCCAUUAACCAUUAUUUGCUGGGAUAGGGUGUUCCUUAUAACAGGAAUCGAAUAAAGAGACAGACCCAUCAUUUCAGUAAUUCAAAC